GUCCUCUGCAGGGCGUGUGAACCUACUUUAGUUGGCUGCCCAGCAGUGGCGGCUUCGGAAUUAUGACCGUCUCGUACUCUCGCUCUGUGGCCACAGUUCAUCGAGGAUCACUUGCGCGUCUACUUUGUCGAUGGCGUGGCAGCGUUUACAAGGCAGUUUGGCCGAUAUUUGUUUUGUUUUGUUUAGUUUACGGAAUACUAGCACUAACUUACUACUUUCUUCCUUCUAACACACCUGAAAGACGCGAGGUGAAACGUCGAUUCGUCCAAGUUUGUGCCUAUGCCGGGCACAUCUCAGGUGCAAUACCAGUCUCUCUGGUCCUUGGAUUUUUUGUGAACAUUGUGGUUAGCAGAUGGUGGCAGCAAUUUCUCAAUUUACCCACUCCUGACUCUGUUUGUUAUUUGGUAGCAACCUACUUGAGAGAUCCUGCGACUCACGGAAAACAGCUAGCCACACGAGAUACCGAGGACAGGCCGGCUAUGUUCAGGCGUGCCAUUGCCCGUUAUCUGAAUUUGGCGCUUGCUAUUUGCUUUCUCAACAUAUCGCUCAGUAUGAAAAGAGAGAUUGGAUCCUUGGAUCAGCUGAUGGAAUUGGGGCUGAUGACCAAAGAGGAACACAGGAUUUACGUGGAUCUUUCACACGGGGAAAGCCACUUCUUCAUCCCUUUGGUAUGGGUGAUCACGCUUAUGACCAGAGCUCAUCACGAAGGAAUGGUACAUCAUGAGCGGCAUUUGGAUUCAAUGGUUGGGAGCGUCGUAGAGUAUUGGAAACAACUUCAGUCUCAGUUUUUGUACGAUUAUGUGAAUAUUCCACUGGUGUAUAACCAAGUUGUUACCUGGGUUGUCUAUCUGUAUAUAGCAACAAUGCUACUCUCACACCAAUUCACGGACCCCACUAAGGUGCUAAAGGAGUAUGAACAAGAGCUUUUAAGAAACAACUACUCCAGUGGAAUUUAUCAUAAUUCUUCAUUCCUCAAUGUUACCACCACUCAGGAUGACCUUUAUUCCCCGUCUGCAUUGGAUACGACUCCGAAUCUUCCCGUAUUUGCCUUGCUUUCUCUGGUAUUCUACGCAGGCUGGCUUCGUGUCGCUGAGACGAAUGUGUUUCCGUUUGGUGAGGAUGACGACGACUUCGAGUCCGUGCCUCUUCUGGAGCGAAAUAUGAACGCGAGCAUGUGGCUAGCGAACACCACUUCGAAGGAGGCAACAGCAGGAAUCCCAAAUGUGGUGAAAGGUUUGGAAGAAAUAUCGGCUGCUGAAGAGCCCGUCGAAGAGGGUGCAGAAGACAAAGAAUCCAUAGAUGAUUUGCGAAUGAGGAAACACACGCCACCUGCUGUACCGUUUGGUGGUGAGGGGGCUCGUGCCAGUACAGUAUCGAGGCCCUCUAUAGUGGAUCUAGACCCGAACCCAGCUUCAGAGUUACCAUGCCCUGAAGACCUACGGCGUCGCUCAUCAAAAUUCUUUUUCGCUGGCUCCAUGGCUCGUCUUGCAGAAGAAGACUUGCCAGCACCCUCAUCUACUCGGCGUGCUUCCCGAGCAUAUCGCCUCCAUUCGUCGCAAGUCGAGGAAGCGGAGCCUGACUACAACUUACUUCAUGUUCCGCGAGCAACUGUCGGAGGUCAGGUUGGCAAUUUUUUCGGCCGCGUCGGGUCAAGAAUUUCCGAGAUUAUCCUCCCGAAACGUCAUUCCGUAGCGACUUCUGAGGCUACCUCAUCGGUAGAGCACACUGACGUCAGUAUGACACCACCAAUCCGUAGUGUCAUCACCCGCACGCCACGGGACAAAACACGUAUAGACUAGCACCGCAACUCAGUGCUUGCGCAUUGGUCUCCAGACUCAUGAAGAUACCACUCUAGUGGUGGAUUUCGUUAAGUUCCUUUCAAUCAAGGUGAGGCAGACUGUCUCAUCUGUGCACAACGAGUUUCUCCCUUCUGUACUCGCCUAGUGAGUAAUAUUGUGAUAACCUUUUCUUCCGAUCGCCCCACGCCGUCAGUGCACUACUUAGUCAAAUACUGGGUUCAACCGCUGGCACCAAUUUCACCUUACGCUUACGAUAUGUCGAUCUCUGUUAUUUGUUACUGAAAUCGUUCAUAAUUUAUGAUGUGUAUAUCACAGCCCAACCAUGUUUUUCCUUAUCAAUCUGCAUCGCUUACGGCCGAUGAAUCUGGUUCCGAACUUUCACGAUUUCCUUACCGGACAAGACUAUUUGCUUUAGGUUGGAAGAAGGUAACAUGUUUACAUUGACUCUGAG